CUAAACCAGAGACUGGGACCGACAGGGCACUGUCCGCACCUAAACCAGAGACUGGGACCGACAGGGCACUGUCUGCACCUAAACCAGAGACUGGGACCGACAGGGCACUGUCCGCACCUAAACCAGAGACUGGGACCGACAGGCCACUGUCCGCACCUAAACCAGAGACUGGGACCGACAGGGCACUGUCUGCACCUAAACCAGAGACUGGGACCGACAGGCCACUGUCCGCACCUAAACCAGAGACUGGGACCGACAGGCCACUGUCCGCACCUAAACCAGAGACUGGGACCGACAGGCCACUGUCCGCACCUAAACCAGAGACUGGGACCGACAGGCCACUGGCACUGUCUGCACCUAAACCAGAGACUGGGACCGACAGGCCACUGUCCGCACCUAAACCAGAGACUGGGACCGACAGGCCACUGUCCGCACCUAAACCAGAGACUGGGACCGACAGGCCACUGUCCGCACCUAAACCAGAGACUGGGACCGACAGGCCACUGUCCGCACCUAAACCAGAGACUGGGACCGACAGGCCACUGUCCGCACCUAAACCAGAGACUGGGACCGACAGGCCACUGUCCGCACCUAAACCAGAGACUGGGACCGACAGGCCACUGUCCGCACCUAAACCAGAGACUGGGACCGACAGGCCACUGUCCGCACCUAAACCAGAGACUGGGACCGACAGGCCACUGUCUGCACCUAAACCAGAGACUGGGACCGACAGGCCACUGUCCGCACCUAAACCAGAGACUGGGACCGACAGGGCACUGUCUGCACCUAAACCAGAGACUGGGACCGACAGGCCACUGUCUGCACCUAAACCAGAGACUGGGACCGACAGGCCACUGUCUGCACCUAAACCAGAGACUGGGACCGACAGGCCAUCGUCUGCACCUAAACCAGAGACUGGGACCGACAGGCCACUGUCCGCACCUAAACCAGAGACUGGGACCGACAGGCCACUGUCUGCACCUAAACCAGAGACUGGGACCGACAGGCCACUGUCCGCACCUAAACCAGAGACUGGGACCGACAGGCCACUGUCCGCACCUAAACCAGAGACUGGGACCGACAGGCCACUGUCCGCACCUAAACCAGAGACUGGGACCGACAGGCCACUGUCUGCACCUAAACCAGAGACUGGGACCGACAGGCCACUGUCCCCACCUAAACCAGAGACUGGGACCGACAGGCCACUGUCCGCACCUAAACCAGAGACUGGGACCGACAGGCCACUGUCCGCACCUAAACCAGAGACUGGGACCGACAGGCCACUGUCCGCACCUAAACCAGAGACUGGGACCGACAGGCCACUGUCCGCACCUAAACCAGAGACUGGGACCGACAGGCCACUGUCCGCACCUAAACCAGAGACUGGGACCGACAGGCCACUGUCUGCACCUAAACCAGAGACUGGGACCGACAGGCCACUGUCCGCACCUAAACCAGAGACUGGGACCGACAGGCCACUGUCUGCACCUAAACCAGAGACUGGGAACUAAAUCGUCACAGGCCCCCCUAGCGCAAGCUCGAGUUGCGGGUGACCCAAUUGCCUGCGGGGAUGUGGCAGCUGCACUGGGCCAGUACUAG